UCCCAGUUGCUGCCGAAAAUGGCGUUCAGAUCGCUUCUUCUCAGGCGGCUCUCGAGAGCCCUCCCGUGCCGGCCGCGAUCAUCUCCGGUCCGUGUGUCCCCGCGCGAGCUUCUUCCGGCACCCCGAGCGCUGCGUGGCUCCGCCGGUCGCGACGGCCUUCCGUUCCGACACGUUUCUCGGAGUCUCUCGUCCGGCCCGUUGAAUGUCGGCGACCUCCCGGGCCCUGCCGCCAUUGAUUAUCGUUCUCUACUGCAGGAGGAUGAGUUCCACAGGCUAGCAGAAUCCACCAUCCAUGACCUCCAAGAGAAGUUUGAGGAUUAUGGAGAUAACAUUGAGAUUGAUGGGUUUGAUAUAGACUAUGGGAAUGAUGUCUUAACCCUCAAACUUGGGGAAUUAGGCACAUAUGUAUUGAACAAACAGACACCAAACCGACAAAUUUGGCUCUCCUCUCCAGUGAGCGGUCCGUCCAGAUUUGAUUGGGAUCAGCAGUCUCAGUCUUGGGUUUACAGAAGAACCAAGGCUAAUCUUUUGAAAGUCCUAGAGACGGAGUUGGAGAAGCUCUGCGGUCAACCUAUUAGUCUCUCCUAACAAAUGUUAGUUUCCAUUUUUUUAGUUCUCUUUCUAAAAGGUACUCUGUAAGGAUCGCUGCUUGAUGUAAGACCCUGGGUAAGCUUUUAUGAAGGUGCUGUUUAUGGUGUGAAAUCAUCUGGUCUCCUGACCUGUACUGAGCUAAUAACCAUUGAAGCACUGAAUCUUGUCCAUUAUAUAAGGGCCGAUUUGCUCUAAGUUCACAGGCA